AUGUACUACACAUCUGUCUGCAAGGCACUCUAUGACUAUAAGGCCCAAUCAGAAGACGAAUUGACCUUCAAAGAGGAUGACAUUCUAUACAUUCUUGACAAGGAAGAGGAUCCCGAUUGGUGGAGAGCACAGCUUAAACCACAGUCUCUGGAACAGGAGGGUCCUGUUGGUAUGGUGCCUGCCAACUACGUUGACGAGGCUGAUCCUAUUGGAAAGGUCCAAGCAAUCUAUGAUUACACUGCACAGCAAGACGAGGAAUUGACAUUUCACGAAGACGACCUAUUGACGCUAUAUGAGAACGAUGAUCCGGAUUGGUAUCUUGUCAAGGAUAAGCAUGGAAAGAUUGGUCUUGCUCCAAGCAAUUAUCUUCAAGAGGCAUCAGGUCACGCUUCCGCAGUCUCAUCCACUAGUCAAGUUCAAGCUCCUGUCACUACGCCAACAACUCACCACGAGGAAGAGGAGGAAGAGGAGGACCAACAUGAGAUUCCUGCAGCACCACCAGCACCACCAGCACCUGUAGCAGCAGCAAUGCCAGCUGCCAAUAAGGCUGAUGAUGCCAUUUCGUGGUCUGUGCAUGAGUAUGAUACGGAGAAGAAAAAGAAGAAAAAGAGCAAAGGCAAUCUUCUUGUGGGCAAUGGCAUGCUAUGUUAUGGAAGUGAAACCGACAAAUCAUCGCCUGUACGCCAAUUCCCUAUUCUCGAGGUGUCGCAAAGUUCGAAUGAUGGCAAGACGGUGCAUAUUCAAUUAUCGGAUGCCACUCUUGAUUUUCAAGCUUCAUCAAAGUCCGAAGCAAAGGCAAUCGUCGCCAAGAUACAGGAAUCCAAAUCUCUUGCUGCACCCACAACAACACCUACAACAGCUGCUAUUCCUACACAACAAGCAGCUAUACCCGAGCCACAGCAAGAACAACAUGUACCAGCACCACCACCUCCACCUCCUCCACAACCACAACCACAACCACAACCACAACCAGUAGCACCUCCUGUUGUGCAUCAUGAACCAGAGCCUGCUACAACUUCCGAGCCUGAGCCUGAACCUGAACCAGCAUGUGAACCACGUUGGGCUAUUGUGCUAUAUGAUUUCACUGCUGAAGGACCUGAGGAGAUUUCAACCAAAGAAGAGGAUCAAGUUCUUGUGGUGGAUUAUGUUAGCAGUGAUGAAUGGUGGUCUAUCGAGUAUCAGGAUGGUAGAGCUGGUAUUGUGCCUGCAACAUACGUUCAAUUUCAAGAAGAGUAUGAAGCCGAUUUGGCACGUGAGGAAGAGCAACGUCGUAAGCAACAGGAACAAGAAGCUGAAAAGCAACGUCGUGAAGCUGAAGCUGCUGCUGCACGUCAACGUCGCAUUGAAGAAGAACAACGUCAACGUGAGGAAGAGGCACGAAAGGCUGAGGAGGAACGUCAACGUCGUCAACAAGAAGAACAACAACGACAAAAGGAACAAGAAGCUCGUCGACAAGCUGCUGCUGCUGCUGCUGCUACAGCAUCAAAGCCAUCCCCAUCGAUGGGUGCAGCAUCACCACGUCGUAGUCAAAUCCCAGCACCUCCUCCACCUGUUAACAAAGCACCUGCCAAUCGUUCAUCACAACCUAUUCCUACGCCACCUGUCAACAAAGCAAAGCAGCCCCAAGAUCCUGGUAAACCUGAUCCUUCAAAGGUGCGCAUAUGGACCGAUCGUACGGGUGCAUUCAAAGUGGAGGCUCAAUUCUUGACGUAUCACAAUGAAAAGAUUCGGUUGCACAAGGUCAAUGGUGUCAAGAUUGAUGUUCCUGUACAAAAGAUGUGCCUUGAAGAUUUGAGAUACAUUGAGCAACAAACGGGCAAGAAAUUGGUUGAGGAUGGUACGGAUGAUGUUCCUCUUGCUCAUUUGGCCAACAGCAACAACAGCCGUAAUGCUCCUGGUUCAAAACCUCAAUGGGAUUGGUUCGAUUACUUUAUGAAAGCCAACAUUCCAAUGCACAACAGUUUACGUUACGCAUCGGCUUUCCAAGCUGAAGGACUCGGUGAGCAUGAUUUGGAUAAUUUGACGCAUCGCAAAAUGAAGUCAUUGGGUAUGUCGGAGACGCAUGUUCAACGUUUACAACGAUUCAUUGAAACGGGUGUUGUUGAACCGGCAUCGGAUGAGGAGACACCUUCGAGCAAACGCAAGAUGAAGAAAUCAGUAUCGUUUGGUGCAAUCAGUGUUAUUGAUGACAGCGAUAAUGAAUCUUUGGGUGGAUAUGGAGCGGGCAAUCGACAACAUCAAAUCGAUGAAGAUGAACGACUUGCACGACAACUUCAAGAAGAGUACAAUGCACAAGCACAGCAACAAGGAUCACCAUCGAUUCGUGGUGUUGGAUUACAGCGACGUGGUACUGGAAGACCUACUCCCAGCACAUCGGCUCCACGUGAUGUCAAUACUGAUAUUAUGGAUAAGAUCAAGAGCCAAUUAAGCUCACAGCCACUUACACCUACUCCUGCUCAACCCCCACAAUCUUCAUCAGCAACAGCAACACCACCACCUCCACCACCUCCACCACCUGCUGCUGCUGCUGCUGCUCCUCUUCAACCUACACCUGUAGCAAGGCAACAAACUGGAUUUGCUGAUGAUGCUUGGGCACCAAGAGCCUCGAAUUCACCCAAUGUUUCCAAUGCUCAACCUGAUGCUAUGGCUCAAACAAAGGCUGCUUGGUCUGCUCCUCCACCUCCACCUCCACCAGCACCACCAGCUCAAAAUCAAGUCCAAGUUCAAGCUGCUCCUAUGCAAAAUCCAAAUUUGACAGGCAUUCAACAACAGCAACCAUUGCAACAAUCUCCACAGCAACCACCUGUUUCACUUCCGCCACGUCAACGUCCAACACCGCCAGCACCACAAAACAACAAAGUGGAUCCUCAAAUGUUGUCUCAAUGGACCAGCCCUGGUCAACAAUCACAACCACAACAACCACAGCCUCAAAUUCAGCAACCACCUCAAGUACAGCAAAUGGUAGCACAAUUUAAUGCUGGUAAUCCACCACCUCCUCAGCAACAACAACAACAACAACAGCCUGCUUUGCCGCCACGUUCACCCAUGAAUCAAUUUAUGCAAUCACCCACGACGACUACUCAAGCUAAUGUGGGAAUGAUGCAGCAACAGCAACCACCAUUACCACCUCGAUCACCAAUGAAUCAAUUUAACACCACAGCGCAGCCACAAUUUAUGCAACAAACUGGAUCUCCUUCUCAUUUCGCGCAACAGCAGCCAUUUAUGCAACAACAACAACAACAACAGCCACCUGUCAUGCAACAGCCUCCCAUGUCAUCAGUGCCUGUUAAUUCAGUGUUGCCACCUGCAUUAGUACCCAUGAACACUGGUAUGCAACAACCAGCAUUACAGCCACAACCCACUGGUAGUGCUGCGUCAUGGGCUGCUGCCACUCCUGAUAAUCCAUUUGGCAGUGGUGCUAUUGCACAAAGACCACCUCCACAAUCGCAAGGAUCCUUUUCCAGCGUAUCUUCAAUGCAGCCAUCACAGGUGUUUGCAUCCAUGGCCAACAACAAUAAUCCUGGUGCUGGCAACUUCCAUGAUCCCAAUGACAAGUAUGCUGUGUUCAAGAAUAUGAAUGCAACAGCAGGUUCGCCAAGUGUAUUUAAUGCUGGUCAGCCCCAAGGAGGAGUAGGAGGAGCAAUGCCUUUCCAACAACCACAGGCUACUGGAUUUACGCAAAUGCAACCUCAACCCACUGGCAACCCUCAACAACCUUUCCAGCAACAACAACAGUUUUACAAUCGCUGGUGA